AUGGCUAAAACUGUAAGAAUAAACGGCCCAAAUCUUAUUUCAGCCCAUAUGAAAAGUUACAACAAUUAUGACCUAUCUGUUUUAGAACCUAUAGAGAUACCACCAGAAAAGCCUGCUAAGGAACCACCGUUAUCACCUCCAAGCCCAGGCCCACCAAUACCAUUACCGCCCGAUCAUGAUCCAGUGGGCCCAGACAUGCCUGGUCCACCGCCUGAGAUUGUUCCUCCCGGCGGUCCGGAUGUUGUACCUCCGAUGGGACCGGAGAUUGUUCCGCCUGGUUGGCCGGAUGUUACACCUCCAACACCACCGGAGAUUGUCCCGCCCACCGGGCCGGAUGUUGUGCCUCCGAAGGAGCCCGAACCUGAACCGUGGCAGGUUCCGCAUCCUGAUGUCCCAUCACCCAUCAUCUUUUGA